UUGGUGAGAUCGACAAGAUAUUAUUACUUGACACACAUAUAAAUGCGUGUGAAAUAUAUCACUUAAAAGAGAAAAAAGAUAUGAGAAGGAUUCAAAGCCAUAAGCUCCCAUGCUUACAUUGUCAACCUCAAGGCUUUAUUAAAAUGGUGCAUCAUUUAAUAGAAAGAUGCAUACUCUUUCGUAUGGGUCGAGAUGAUUGCAUGAGGACACUCGCUAAGCAUGCAAACAUCCAUCCAACUGUCACGUUUACAGUAUGGGAAGAGCUACUAAAAGAGAAUAAGACCUUCUUUCAAGCGUACUCACGUUCUAUUUUACCAAGCAAUAUCGUGCUCAAUGGACAACCACAAGAAACCAAUAAUAUCGAUUGUUAUGGAAGAACACAAUGGAGGAGAUGAUUAGUUAAUAGCUUGUCAUAAAUGAUUUUGUAACAAUUUUGUCAUGAAAUUUGUAGCAAUUUAUUUUAUAGGACAUUAAUAAAUCAAGAAUUUUCAUUUCCUAACAAAUUAGCAUCGCCUCUCAUUAAGAUACUUAAUCUAUGAUUAAGGGACUGUUCAUCAAAACUAGUUGAUAAUCGGUAUGUAACGACCAAAAAUUUG